GUAAUAUAUAUUUUAUUUAUUUAUUUUUCACUUUAGGUUAGUGAGUGUGUCUGUUCAUCCAAUCUGUGCAACUUGACCAUCCAUCCAGUCAGUCUGUCAGUCACACAUCCAGUCUGCUCACUGUCACCCAUCCCAUCACCCACUCACCCAGUCACUCACACAUCCCAUCACCCACACACCCAUCUCAUCACAGGGUAGGGAAAUUCAUAGGUAAAUGGCACAGACCGUUAAGAAUCUAAUUUAAAUCACAGAAAGAUACUCUGGCAGUUGUCUGGAGGCUGGCUAAGGAUGAGCUAACAGAUAUUAACUCACUGAAGAGGAGAGGGAAGAGUUAACUAACUGAGGAUGUAGAGGCAAUAGAUGAGGGUAAGAACAAUAGCAGGAGAUAUUGUAGUGGAGAGUUUUGGACAAGAAAGUGAGGAAGUGGUACCUGAACAUGAGGGAGGGCUGGAAAACAGUGAAGGAGAAAGAAGCCCUAUGGAGUGUGAUGCAGAAUAAUAUUAAUAGCCUCAUCUUGGGAUUAAGCCAAAUGUUUAUCCUGAUGAGUCUGGAUAUAAUUCACCUUACAGAAAUAAAAUUGUGAUGAGUUACAAGUAGAGAACAUUGAACAAAAUAGAUACAACUUAUGAAAAAGAUCAAACAAGAAAGGAGUGAUGUUUUUAGUUAAGGAAAGCUUCAAAGUGGCUGGAUACAAUGUGAUGAUGGACUAGCAGAUGCAUUAAUAAUUAGAGUCCAAAAUAUACCAGGCAAAAAGACGAUUCAAAGUAACUGACAUACCAAGCAAUUAAUUAGGGAAAUCAGUCUUUGUUGACACUUCCAAAGCCUUUCAGUUUGUCGACCUCAGUAUACUGUUAGGAAAAAGAGCGAUAUUAAGACAUGAGGUAUAAGCACUCCUGAUUCAAAGGCUAUUUGACUGAUAGUGUGUGUGUGUGUCCUAAAUUUUUCUUAUCGUAUGACAUAAUUAUAGUUUUAGAUCCUCAUCAGUCACUGCUACAUCUUGCAACCAGUAUUUGGAGAACACAGUGAGAAUAAUUGAGGGUGGUUGCAUCACCCUCAAUCACGAUCUACAAAACUCAAACGAUGACCAAAGGGGCAAUGGAUCUGUACAUGAGUGAGGUGGCGAGGGGCGUGGCCAGGGGGCGGCUAGCAGCGUGUGCCACCAGGGAAAUGUGUAUGAACAUAAAAAAAGGCGCCUGUCAAGAAAGGUUCGUUUGGUGCAAGGAGUUGGCACAGGAGGCGUCUGAGGCUGUGCAGAGCGGCCGUCUGAACCUGGUGCCACAGCUGCACAGGAGGGCAUGGCAUAGCUGGCUGGACAACAUCACAGACUGGUGUGUCUCCCAGCAACUCUGGUGGGGCCACAGAAUGCCAGUGUACCACAUCACUGCAGCAGACGGCCGGGAGGUGUGGGUGGCAGCUGCUCGGAGGAAGAUGCAAGGCGGAAGGCUGUGCAGAAGGAAGACUGUGCUGCUGCAUGGCCUCCUGUGUGAUGGUGGCGGCCACAAGACAUCCAAGUCCUGGGGCAAUGUGAUAAACCCCCUGGAUGUGAUCAGUGGGGCGUCCCUGGAGGUACUGUGUGAGAGGAUGGAGGGGAGCCUGAAUACAGAAGAGGUACUCACUGGUAUCAGGAGGAACUUCCCCACAGGCAUCCCAGAGUGUGGAGCUGAUGCCCUUUGGUUCACCCUGUGCUCCACCAACUUCAAUACUGCACACCCCGUCCUGCAGCCUCAAGGCACUCACCUCUCCUUUUCCAGUCAUGGGUGCCUUGCCUCCUCCUUGCAACACCACCACCACCACCACCACCACUGCUGCCAUUACCUACGAGGGGGAGAGACUGUGAUGUGGCUGCAGGUGGCUAGGUUCGGAGGCCUCCAGAGAGCUGCCCAGAGUGAAGCUUGUGGUAUAGAGGGACAGCUGCUGAUCAUCAAGCUUACAUAGUGACUGGAGGAAAGUGGGAGGAGCCUGGAGGGAGUGAUGGAGGUACAGUAUUUGGAGAAAAUCCCUUCACCAUGACAACUGGGUGUCUGCUGUACAGGCCACUGACCAAUGUGUGCAGGUUUGCAGUAAACCUCCCUGAAGGUUCCAGAGCUGGUCAGCAAGUGCCCCAGUCCAGGCUGUCACAAGGCUGUGUGAUGGAGGACCUUCCACUAAUACUCAUUGAUAACAGCUGUGCACUGCCACUCACAGGAAAUAUUGAGUUGCCUUGAAGCUGAGAUGAGUUGGUCAGCUAGUGAGUGGCUGCAUAACCAUUAAUAAGUGGCGCUGUGGAUAGCAAGCGGAAGAGACCUUGGGAGACUUCCGUUAAUGAGGAGCAACAAGCACACCUCACUGGAGUCUUUCAGGAACCAACAGUCAGGCCCUCAAAUAAACAACAAAUUAAGUGAGAAGUUACCAUCUCCCUUCCUGGCUUGCGCUCCAGUUGCUCUGAGUUGUAGCAGCAGUGACGUGUGGCACCCAGGAUGAAGGUGGUCUGCAGGGUGGUCUGUGUCAGGGGGAUGAUGGCAGACAACAGCAGCAGCACCGUGACAGCUCAAGCAUCCUGUUGAAAUUAUCACUUUUUAAAUGCUGAAAAGUGAAGGAAAAACCUGUCUCCAUGGAAUGUGGAAGUACACAACAACAACUCUGAAAGAUUUCUUACAAUAAUAAGUCAUCAUUCAUUGUAUCCUUUUUUGUUGGCCACAAGAUUAUGAUACAAAUUUUCCAUAGACAUCUGCAAAUUGGUACCUCUAGCUGUUAUUAAAUAUGAUAUUAAGUUUGAUGAAUGUAUUUAUUUCAUUAUACAUGAAAGUUGUUGAUUGCAAAAAAAAAUAAUAACCAAAAUAUA